GAUCCAUAUAAAAUCCCAGCUUCCGGUGACAUCAAAACAAAGAAGAAAACAGUGUUAUAAAUGACCAACAUAAACUUGAGAAUAUGAUGAAUGUCAAUUCUGCUGAUCAGCAUCUGCAAAUUGCAAGCAAUUCAUCUAAGCAUGCAAAUGCGCACACUUGCACGUCGAAUGUCGAAACAGUUCCCACCUACCAACUGAGUCCAUCAGAUGUUUCAAAGGAAGCUGAUGACCGACUUGUGUUGCAAAGUUGGUAUGCCUUGCCCUUCAAGAAUCAUAAUGCAAUAGAAGGAAGUAUUAUCGAUGUUAAACCAGUUCUCUCCACACUUGAUACAUACACUUUAUAUGGCAAUGUACAGCAUGGAAAUAUUUUUAGCACCAGUUCAGGGUUUGUGACAUCUGUUGUAUCCCCUUUGGUGCCUCCAGUUGACAGCCAACCUACUGACCCUGCACAUGAAGGUAAUAUUCCUCUGCCAAGCUGUGCACCUCAGCGUUCACAGCCCCAAUACAACGAUCAACAGCAGCCACAACUUGUAACCAGAGUAAAGACCCUGCAAUGUGGUGCAAUGGCGGAACAAGUGUUUGAUGAAAAACAGGAUACUGAUGAUAAAAAUCUUGGGGAAGACAAGCUUAACGUUAUAAAUCAAUUGCAAAUGAGCCAGUUUGAUUCUCAAGAAGGUUUGUUAGAUUUUGAAAAUGGGCAGUUAAAUCAAACUUAUCUACCACAUUCUGUCUCUGAUGUGACUCCUGCCUUUCAUUGUACUUCCAAAACUGUGGCAAUUUUUGUUGUAUGCAGUUUGCCAGUUCAGGUUUUUCCAACGUGUGUUAACAUCCCUUCCGUUGUUAGUAGUUCAGUGACAGCUGUCUGUCGUAAAUCUACUGAUGCUGUGGGUGAAAGGGCUUAUAAAUCAGUUAAAAAGGACGUUCCUACAAAUCAAUCCAUUGGUUUGUCAAGUGAUGUAAUGGAAAGUAUUGACCAAAAAGUUGCAAAAUUACCUGUCAAUGCUGUGGAUGUGCCAAUGUUUUUAAUCAGUUGUGAUUCAAAGUCAAAUCAAUCACAAGGCAUAUCGUUCAGUCAGAGCAAUGGAAUGCCUUUGUUUGUAAGUUCAAACAUGGCAGAAUUUGUGACACCCGAGAUCAAUUCAAAGCUAGCAGCAGAAUCUGUUGAAUCUUCUGAUGACUACAUUGAAAGAAACAAAAGGAAAAACAAGAGCUGUCAGCCAACUCAUUCGUCGCUGAAGAGGAUUAGAUGUCAAGGUUCGUCCAGAGGUGUAGUCCAGCCAAGGAGUCUUUCAGCAAGAGACAAUGAUAUGACAAGGACUGAAUCCAUUUUUCUUAAACAAUCUAAGAUGAUAUUGGACGAAGAGAGUGUCCGAGUGAAGAAAGUUAAGAGAAUAAAGAAAGGCCAGACCCCAGGAAAGGACACGACUGAGUUCAGUAUUCAAGAGAGGAACCAUUCCAGCUGUAUGAACCUGAAACCUCGAGAUACUGACCAUUUUCUCUACUGUGGAGAAUGCAACAAGGAGUUUGAAGGGGACUGUCCUGUCCAUGGACCCUACACCUACAUACAUGACAAAGAGGUGCCAGAAGGGAAUCCUCUUAAAGCUGACCAUACAUUACCAGAAUGCCUUGAAAUCAAAAGCUCCAAAAUAGUUGGAGCUGGUCUUGGAGUGUUUUCCAAAGUGGGACUGGAAUCCAGGAUCAUGUUUGGCCCAUAUGGGGGCGAUAUCAUCACUGACAACCCCAAGUCAGGCUAUGGCUGGCAGAUCUAUAAGGAAGGCAAAGGGAGCCACUUUGUGGAUGCCCAGAACAAGGCCACCUCUAACUGGAUGAGAUACGUGAACUGUGCGAUGAAGGAGGCAGAUCAGAACCUUGUGGCGUUUCAGUACAAAGGAGGCAUCUAUUACUGUACAUUGAAGCACGUUUCAUUUGGAGAGGAACUGCUGGUCUGGUACGGAGAUGAAUUAGCCAGAGAACUCGGUCUUAUCAGAGACAAUAACUUGUGCAGUUAUUUCAGUAAAAACAGUGGUCACAUGAAGGCACUGAUGACGAAACAUACACAAAAGCGACAGUUGAAGUGUGAGGUGUGUGAUUAUGCAUGUAACUAUCAGAGUGACUUUAAGAGACAUAUGAGGAAACAUACAGGAGAAAGACCAUACAAGUGUAAUGUGUGUGGAAAUGCAUUCAAAACAAUCCAUAAUUUAACAGAUCACAUUAGGACACAUACAAAAGAAAGACCGUACAAGUGUAAGGUGUGUGGUUAUACAUUUAAUACAAGUGGUCACUUGACGAGACACAUGAGGAGUCAUACAGAAGAAAGACCGUUCAUGUGUGAGGUAUGUGGUUAUGCAUGUAAUGAGAGUGGUAACUUGAAGAAACACAUGAGGAUACAUACAGAAGAAAGACCGUACAAGUGUGAGGUUUGUGGUGAAGCGUUCAAACAGAGUGCUACCUUGACAGAUCACAUGAGGAUACAUACAGGAGAAAGACCGUAUAAGUGUGAAGUGUGUGAUUAUGCAUGUAACAAGAUAUGUAACUUGAAGAGACACAUGAGGAUACAUACAGGAGAAAGACGCUACAAGUGUGAGGUGUGUGGUUAUGCAUUUAAAAAAAAUGGUCACUUGACGAGACACAUGAGGAUACAUACAGGAGAAAGACCGUACAAGUGUGAGGUGUGUGGUUAUGAAUUCAAAACAAUCAGUAAUUUGAAACAUCACAUAAGGAUACAUUCAGAAAAAAGACCGUACAAGUGUGAGGUGUGUAGUGAAGCAUUCAAACACAGUGGUAACUUGCCGAGACACAUGAGGAUACAUACAGGAGAGAGACCGUACACGUGUGAGGUGUGUGGUGAAGCAUUCAACGAGAGCGGUAGCUUGAAGAAACACAUGAGGAUACAUACAGGGGAAAGACCAUACAAGUGUGAAGUGUGUGAUGAAGCAUUCAAAGAGAGUGGUAGCUUAACGAGACACAUGAGGAUACAUACAGGAGAAAGACUGUACACGUGUGAGGUGUGUGGUGAAGCAUUCAAAGAGAGUGGUAGCUUGACGAGACACCUGAGGAUACAUACAGGAGAACGACCGUACAAGUGUGAGGUGUGUGAUGAAGCAUUCAAACAGAGUGGUCACUUGACAGAUCACAUGAGGAUACAUACAGAAGAAAGACCGUUCAAGUGUGAAGUGUGUGGUGAAGCGUUCAAAAACAGUGGUCACUUGACAUAUCACCUGAGGAUACAUACAGGAGAAAGACCAUACAUGUGUAAGGUGUGUGGUAAUUCAUUUAAAACGAGUAGUGACUUGACGAGACACAUGCGGAUACAUACAGGAGAGAGACCGUACACGUGUGAGGUGUGUGGUGAAGCAUUCAAACAGAGUGGUCAUUUGAGAGAUCACAUGAGGAGACAUACAGGAGAAAAACCGUUCAAGUGUGAGGUGUGUGGUUCUGCAUUUAAUGAGAGUGGUGGCUUGAAGAAACACAUGAGGAUUCAUACAGGAGAACGACCGUACAAGUGUGAGGUGUGUGAUGAAGCAUUCAAACAGAGUGGUCACUUGAGAGAUCACAUGAGGAUACAUACAGAAGAAAGACCGUUCAAGUGUGAGGUGUGUGGUGAAGCAUUCAAACAGAUUGGUCACUUGUCAAGACACAUGAGGAUUCAUACAGGAGAGAGACCGUUCAAGUGAGAGGCAUGUGGUGAAGCAUUCAAACAGGGUGGUCACUUGAUAGAUCACAUGAAGAUUAAUACAGGAGAAAGACCGCACAAGUGUGAAGUGUGUGGAUAUGCAUGUAACAAUAGUGGUACCUUGAAGACACACAUGCGAACACAUACAGGAGAAAGACCGUACAAGUGUGAGGUUUGUGGUUAUGGAUGUAACCGGAAUGGUGACUUGAAGACACACAUGAGGAUACAUACAGGAGAAAGACCGUAUAAGUGUGAGGUGUGUGAUUAUGCAUGUAACAAGAAUAGUAACUUGACCGAUCACAUGAGGAUACAUACAAGAGAAAGACCCUACAAGUGUGAGGUGUGUGGUUAUGCAUGUAACCGGAAUGGUUACUUGAAGAAACAUAUGAGGAUACAUACAGGAGAGAAAGUUGUCUUAAAAUAAUUAUACAGUGUGUCAAUAAGUAUAUGUUUAAUAAAUUAAAUGCUGUAACUAA